GUUAAUAUUUGAAUUAGAAAUGAAUUUAACUAUUCGUGAAAUUCAAGUAGAUGUUGCUCGUCAUAUGAUACAACCAACGAAUAAUAGUACUACUACAAUAAAAAAUAUUGUUAUGCAAAUGAAUAUGGGUGAAGGAAAAACAUCUGUUAUUAUUCCAAUGUUAGCACUUAGUUUAUGUUCACCUGCAUCAAGUUUAGUUCGUAUUGUUGUUUUAAAAUCUUUAUUUCCUACGAAUUAUCAAUCGUUAAAAUUUAAAUUAGGUGGUUUAUUAAAUCGACGUAUUUUUUCAUUUAUUUGUCGUCGUGAUAUGGAUUUUAAUACUAAACAAAUUAAUCAAAUAUUCGAUCGACUUCAACAAGGAUUACGUCAUUGUGAUAUUAUAUUAAUUUCACCUGAAGAUAUUCUUUCAUUCGAUUUAUUAACGAUAGAUAAAUGUCGACGACAUGAAUUCGAUAUAGGUCGUUCAAUGUUAACUGUACAACGAUGGUUAAAAACAUUUGCUCGAGAUAUUUUAGAUGAAUCCGAUGAAAUUCUACAUUGUAAAUAUCAAUUAAUUUAUACUGUUGGUACACAACAACAAGUAGACGGUGGUAUAGAACGUUGGAGAUUUAUUCAAUCCAUAUUAAAUUCAGUAAAAACAUUCGCUCUUGAUAUUAUACAAAGUUGUCCUAAUGAUAUCUAUUAUAAAUCACCAAAAUCUAAGAGUGCAUUUCCUGAAUUUCGAUUAUUAUCACAUCGACCAUUUCCUGAUUUAUCCGCAAAAAUUAUCAAUGAUUGGCUUAAUAAGAAGUCUUAUCGAAAAAUUGAUAAGCAAUGUAUUUUAUCAUUUAUUUUCGAUAUUACAACUUCAGUAGAUACUCUUAUCAAUCGAUUCUUACCACAUGAUAUUCAAUUAUUUCUUAUUAUUCGUGGUUUACUAUCAGAAGAAGUUUUAUUUGUUGCUAUGAAAAAACGUUAUCGAGUUAAUUAUGGUAUUAAUCAUAAUUCGAAUUUUAAUCGAUUAAUGGCUGUACCAUUUCGUGCGAAAGAUGUUCCUGCCGAAAGAACUGAAUUUGGUCAUCCAGAUACUGCACUUAUUCUAACACAACUUUCAUAUUAUUAUCAUGGUUUAAAUGAUUUACAAAUGUUUCAAUGCUUUCAUCGUUUGAAUAAUGAAGAAAAAGAUCCGGAAUCGAUUUAUACUGAAUGGAUUUUAGAAGAAAAUGAAACUACUAUUCCUCCGAAUCUUAAACAAUGGAAAGGUAUUAAUUUAAAAUAUGGUGAAGAAGAAAUUCAUGAAAUCUUUUGUAUUCUACGAUAUAAUAUGUUAGUUAUUAAUUAUUUUUUAAAUUAUUUUGUUUUUCCUCGUGAAGCAAAACAAUUUCCAAAUAAAUUAAUUUCUUCAGCAUGGGAUUUAUCUUCGCCAGAACGAACAAAAAUUAUUACUGGAUUUAGUGGUACGAAUGAUACACAAUUAUUAUUACCUUCACAUAUUUACCAGUGUGAUUUACUUCAAUUACAAAGUACUGAUGCAAUUGUUAUUAAUAAUUUAUUACAAAUAGAAAAUGAAAAUUAUCAAAAUUUACCUUCGGAUAUUACAACAGAAAUGAUUUUAAAUGAAAUUACAAAUUAUGAAUCAAUUAUUCAUGUAAUUCUUGAUGUUGGUGCUCUAUUUACUGAUAGUACAAAUCGUGAAAUAGCAAUUCAUUGGUUGAGAUUAUCCGAUAAAACAAAAAUUGAUUAUGCAAUUUAUUUCGAAUCUAAUUGUAUAUUUGUUUGUGAUCGACAAUUUCAUCAUCAUUCGUUUCUAUCAUCACCAGCAAGUGAACGAUUAGAUCGUUGUGUUAUUUAUUUAGAUGAAGUACAUACACGAGGAACUGAUUUUAAAUUUCCAACUGGAUUUAAAGCUGCAGUUACUUUAGGAAAUGGUUUAACUAAAGAUCGUUUUGUACAAGCAUGUAUGAGAAUGCGUAAAUUAGGAGAAGGUCAUUCAUUAAUAUUUUGGAGUUCUAAUGAAGUACAUCGACAAAUUAUCACGUUGAAAACAACUUUAGUAAAUCAAAAUGAUACUUGUCAAUUGAAAGAUAUUCUACGUUGGGUAUAUAUGAAUAGUCAACAAACUACAUGGGAUGGAUUACAUCAUUGGGCUAUUCAAAGUCUUAGUUUUCAACGAAAAAUGAAUGCCUUUCGAAAUAUUCAAUGGAUUAAUCAUGAACAAACUUAUACAGAAGAACUUAUGAAAGACUUAGCAGAAAAAUGUUUAGAAUCGGAAAUAAUUGAAUUGAAACGAAUGUAUGGUGUACCGAUGAUAAUGCAAACUAUAUCAGAGAUUUAUACAAUGCGUUAUCAAUAUUUUAAUAGUUUUGUUUCAGAUGCUAUUCAUAAUGCUGUACUAGAACGAAUUCAAACAUAUGGCGGAUUAAAACAACGUUUGUCACAAUUUUUUGAAGAAGAACAACAACGAGAAUUAGAACAAGAAUCAGAACAAGAGCAAGAACAAGAACGACAGCAAGAAGAAGAGAAAAAAUGUUUUCGAUCUGUUCGUCCAUGUGAACCAAUUCUUCAUGAUGAAAUAAAGCAAUUAUGCAACGCGGAUGAUUCUCAAUUAAAUUUAUCUGAAUUAACUUUAGUUUUUCGUCCAUUACCAUAUGCUUUUAUUAAUUCUACAUUCUUUGACAUAUGUCAACCUAAUAGUUGGCAACCAAAUCUUUGGAUUUCAACAGAAUUUCAAAGAGUAAUUGAACCUAUAGAAGAAUCAUCAGAUUUAUUUCUACGUCCACCACGUUGGUUAAUUGUCUAUCGAAAUGAACAUAUCAUUUUUGUUAAUGCUUUUGAAGCUAAUUGGUUAAUGGGUCAAUUGUCUUCCGAAGAAGAAUUGAACAAAUCUUCGAUGACUACACUUCGUUUAUUACUGCCUCGUUUAAAGAAAAAUCAAUCAAUUUUUGUUAAUUCACCAGCUCUAACGAUCCCUCCACUUCUGACACCUACCCAUGACAUUCUUGGUUUCAGUUUGCCUAUAAAUUGGUUGACUGAAUUAUUUAUAUUCAAUGGUACAAUUUAUUUUGAAAAUAUUGAAGAACAAACAGCCUAUUGUCAAUGUUUAGCUUUAUGUCCGAAACCUUGGACAACGACAGAAGAAGAUCUGUUUGAAAGUGGUUCGAUUACAACUGAUGGAUUUGUUCAAAAUCUAGAACAACGUAAUCAAUUAGAAUUGUAUCAUGCUCGAUUCAAUCCUAACCCAGUGAUAUUUAUCAAAGAACUUCUUAAAAAUCGAAAUAAUACAUAUCCAUCUAUUACAUCACAUAUUGGAAGUAUUAUUUUCAAUUCUUUAAAACUUCUGUAA